CUGUUACGGCUAACAUUAGCUUGUUACCUUUACAAGUCAAAAUGUAUCGACUAAGUUUGUUGCUUGUAUGCGCAUGCGCCCUCGUGGGUGCAUCCCACAUCAACAGCUUGGGCAAGCCCUACUACCCAUUAGAAGAAGCUGAAAUACAUUUUGAGGCAUUCAUUGAAAAGUUCAGUCGAAACUAUUCCACCGAAGAUGAGAAGAAAAUGAGAUUCGAAAUAUUCAAGCAGAAACUUGAAAUUAUAAAUGAGAAUAAUUUGGAUCCCUUGAGUAUGGCUAUAUUUGAUAUCACACAAUUUACCGAUCUCAGCGAUGAAGAAUUUACACAAAACUGGACUGGCUUGGUGUUAUCAUCGUCAGAACCUGAUAACUUGGUGAAUAUAUCUGGACCUGUUACAAUUAAGGAUUUACCAGACAGCUUUGAUUGGCGAGACCAAAAUGCUGUGACACCGGUCAAAAACCAAGGGAGUUGUGGAGCUUGUUAUGCUUUUGCUGUUAUCGGGUCGCUUGAAUCUUCCUAUGCACGAAAAUAUCAACGUAUAAGCCAAUUCUCUGAACAACAAAUAGUUGACUGUUGUAAUUGCGGCGAUUGCGUAAAAGGUGGUAACCCUACAGUUGCUCUGAAUUACCUACAGAAUAAUGGUGGUGUUGAAGGCGAAGAUGAUUAUCCUUACCAGACACAACAAAACACCUGUCAAUUUGAUGCUAGCAAAGUAAAAGCCACGGUCAGCCAAGUGGUACCCUACAAUUUGGAAAGUGAAGAAGCCUUGCGACAAGCCUUGUAUACGAAUGGACCAAUUGCUAUAGCUAUCAAUGUAAAACCUAUAGAGCAAUAUCGAGGAGGCAUAGUCAAGGGGUCUCAAUGUCCUGCCCUACCUUUAAACCAUGCUGUACUAUUAGUGGGCUACGGCACAGAAAACGGCGUGCCAUUCUGGAUUAUCAAAAAUUCCUGGGGUAUGUGGGGAGAACAAGGCUACCUUAGAAUCACACGUAAUGAGAACACCUGCGGCUUAUUGAACAAGGAAGCCGUUUCUGCCGUCGCAGGCUAAUACUCUGAAGAAGAAGUCAUUUGAAAGUGUCAAAAUCUACAGCCUAGGGAAUCUAUGGUCUUCUGAACGCCCAAUUAUUUGUAUGCAACAACAUAAAAUAAAAAUUGCAACUAGGAUGUGUUAAA